AAUGCUGCAGAUGCAGCUGGCUUAUCCUAGAGGCUCUUUAAAAAUUGAUCGUUCGAUGGAGCAACAUAUUCCAGCUGUAUUCAUAAUAACACAUGUCAUCCAUCCAUCUCACCACUAAUCAAUCCAACGGCUGACACAAUUCUUGAAAACGACUGAAGCGGGUUGUUAAAUAUCAAGAAAACGUUCCAAAUAAAACAAUCACAAACAACAUUUCAAGAAUCAAGAAACCUUUUCCCAAUUCAAGAAUCAAAAACCUUUCCCUUUUAAUUUUCUUUCUUCACCAAAUCUUCUCCUUUUAAUUUUCUUUCUUCAACAAAUCUUCAAGAAAAUGAAUAUGAACGUAUAUCACGAGAAUCAGACAGUUGAGAUCAUUGAAGGGCCGCUUUUUGGGUCAUACUGGCCAGCCACGGUUCUCGCUAGAGAAGAAGGUCACCCGUACCGCCUCUUCUACAAAAUACAGUACCUUACUCGCUUUAACGAUGAUGACUCGCCGCUGACUGAGGUGGUUCAUGUUAGAGUUAUAAGGCCAAUUCCACCGGAAUUUGUAGAUUAUCGGAACUUUGAGUUGAAUGAUAUAGUUGAUGCUUAUAACUACGACAUCGGGGCUUGGCAGGCAGGGACAGUUAUCGGAAAUGUUGAGAAUCUUGAUCAUCACCUCGUGAGGCUGUUUGAUCAGACCGAACGGUUAGCUCCUUAUAUCAGGUUCCAUGCCGAGUGGUUUCCUCUUCCUUGUUAUGUGUUUUGGAGGCCAACUGAUGAAUAUACUCAUAAUCAAGUAACUGAUUCUCAAGCAAAUUGAUAAUCUACCAAACUAGGGUCACUGAUUGAUGAAGAACAUAUUAUGGCUGUCUAAAAUUUUUGCAGGUUCUGCUACUAUUUUAAUCAGUAGACUUAACAUGAAACUGUAUUGCUUUGCUAAAUAGUUAAGUAGGGAUUUGGCAUGUUAAAUUGUGAUUAAAUGCCGAAACCAAAAAGAUUAUUGAUGUUUCUGCUCUAAUAUGUUGCUAAUACUAGCUAUUACUAUUGUUUGAAUGAUACGUCACUAGUGUGGACUAAACCAGUGUGUGGUUUCUGAAACUUGUAUGUAUAUACUGAUGAGAUAUAUGGACUUA